AUGUCGGACUCUCAAGAUGCGCUGCUCAUGCCUCGCGCUGACGAUGGGCUCAAUGACGACGGGCUCAAUGACGACAGCAGUAGCCUAGAGAAUGCGAGGACUGGAAAAGUUGAGGAAGGGAGGCCUUCGUUAUUCGUUUGGGCGUUGACUGUAGCCGCUGGAAUCAGCGGCCUCCUAUUUGGAUACGACACGGGAGUAAUUUCCGCAACACUCGUUUCGAUCGACACCUCCCUCUCCAACCGGCCCCUCACCUCCUUCGACAAAUCAAUAAUAACCUCCUCGACGGCCCUCUUCGCCCUCCUCUUCUCCCCGCUCUCCUCCAUCCUCGCCGAUCGCCUCGGCCGCAAGCGCGUCAUCCUCUUCGCCGACAUCCUCUUCACAAUCGGCGCACUCAUCCAAGCUUUGUCCUCCACGGUAUCGGGCAUGGUCAUAGGCCGGUGCGUGGUUGGCGCAGGCGUAGGCGCCGCCUCGUUUGUGGUGCCGCUGUACAUUGCCGAGAUGGCGCCGGCGGCCUUUCGGGGCAUGCUCGUGACGACGAAUAUCCUCUUCAUCACGCUGGGUCAGGUGUUCGCGUACAUAAUAGGCUGGCUGUUCGCAGAGUAUGCGGCGCGGGAGACCGGGUGGCGGUGGAUGGUGGGCUUGGGGGCUGCGCCGUCGGUGAUGCAGGCUCUGGUGUUGGGGUUCAUGCCUGAGACGCCGCGGUGGCUUGUUAUGAGGGGGUUUUCGGAGGAGGCGAAGGGGGUGGUACAAAAGGUCUCUGGUGGGGGGUUGGCGAUGGGGAGGAUGGCGGAUGCGGUGGUCAAGGAGAUUGAGGUGGAGGUGAGGGAGGAGCAGGUGGCCAGGCGGCUGAGGGGUGCUGGGGUUGAGGAUGGCGAGGGACUCCUUGCGGGUUUUAGGGAGUUGGUGAGGGUGAGGAGGAAUAGGAGGGCAUUGGCGAUUGCGUGCUUACUUCAGGGAUUGCAGCAGCUUUGCGGCUUUAACUCUUUAAUGUACUUCUCGGCAACCAUCUUCACAAUGGUGGGCUUCAGCGUACCAACGCUCACGUCACUCAGCGUAGCAGGCACCAACUUCGCCUUCACCGUCAUGGCCAUCCUCCUCAUCGACAAGAUCGGCCGACGCCGCAUGCUCCUCUACUCCGUCCCCUUCAUGAUCAUCGGGCUCCUCUUCGCCGCCUACGGAUUCACCUACAUCAGCCUCCCAUCUUCCUCCGACCUACCCUCCCCCACAACCCUCGACACGACUACAGACCCUUCCCCAACCUCUCCCGACCGCGAAGCAGCCCUCAUGAUCCUCGUCAGCAUCAUGCUCUACGUAGCCUCCUACGCGCUAGGCCUAGGAAACGUGCCCUGGAUGCAGAGCGAGCUGUUCCCGCUCUCGGUGCGAUCGCUGGGUAGCGGGGUGGCGACGUCGACGAACUGGGCGGCCAAUUUCAUCGUCGGGUUGACGUUCCUGCCACUCAUGGACGCGCUGAGUCCCGCGAGGACGUUUGUGCUUUACGCGCUCGUGUGCGCUGUUGGGUAUGGGCUUGUUUGGGGGUGGUAUCCUGAGACGGCGGGGUUGAGUCUCGAGGAGACGGCGGCACUUUUGGAGGAUGGGUGGUGA